AUGCCUUCCCAAACGAAUGUGGCUGUUGUAACCGUCCCAAUUCUUCCUCGUGGCGGCUAUUCUCAAAUAAUCCUCGAUAUCGUGGUCCCAUGCCACAUAUGCAAUACAAGGUUCCUUAACACCUCCAUUGUUGCGGUCUUUAUUCACAAGUGGAAGCCAGUUAGCAAACGACUUGUUUACCUACCCACAUCUCCCCACUUAACGAGCACAAGCCUCAUCCUCUACGAUCGAAUGGCUCCGUCAGGUAUCCUUGUGGUGCACACACGCACGAGUGUCGGCCCUGCCAUCAACAGGCGACCGCGUGAGGCCGCCAGAUGUCACCACGACCGCUUUUCCCUACCCCAGGUGAUUGGAGCUGUCGAACAAGGGACCUAUGCCCCGGAAUUUAUGCACAUAACUAACAAAGAAAUUGUACGAUGA